CUCAGCAAAACCAAGGAAGUUCUCUUCCGCCCGCUAAGCGCAGCCUCAUUCGUUCGUAACUACUUAACCCGUAAGUUAUGCGCUUUCGCGUGCUCAUUGCGUCGCGAAAACGUCCCGGAGGAGGCUCUUUCUUGACAAUACCCACAGCGCCUCGAAUUUGCGGCACACAUCACCCUACCUGCUUGUAACCUCGACACCGCUCUUUGCGAACUCACCUCGAGCUUAUAGCGGGCGCCAUACAUCUAUAGCGUGUCUCUGACUUACAAACAUCUCGUAUACCUACCCUACAAUCCAAGGACCCACCCCGCGAACGAGGUUGCGGCACGAACCCUUCGCCUACUCACCAUGACGACCUUUGUGGUGUCAUUAUUCCUGCCUUACACAGUAGACUUUCAUGAAUCGAAGUCUGCUGAAUCUAACUCAAAGCCAGCUGCUGCUGCCCCGCCGAAGCACAUCGAUAUAGGGAGGAACCCCUCGAAAAACAGCCUGCAGGAUGCGCAGCAGCCGCCAAGUGUCCUUAAGCGCGCACCGCCCUCGCACAUAAACCUGCCGAAGACACCUCUGUCUAUGCUCGAGCAGGACGACUUCUUCACCCCAGCCCAACCGAGCGCAGCGACCCACUUCCCAAAGCCACAAGACCCUCGAAGUCUGGUACGGAGCGACGCCCACAUCCCUGAGUGGGGCGGAAGCGGCCUCUUCUUCAAUCAGCCACAGUCGAGAGCUGAUCCUGCACCACCAGACACAAUUCUCGAGUACGCGAAAGCACAGGAGCGGGCGCAGAUCUUGAAGGAGCGCCAGAAGGGCCCGGUACAUGCUGAGACAAAGCCUACUGACCCUCGAUGGGCGACAGAGUACGCAAUUGUACCUGCCGUGCAAGGCAACGGUGGCUUGGCCAAUGCUGUUCGUGCUGCAGUUGAUAACAAGUGCCUGAAGGACGUGCUCUCGGUUGGUCUGAUUGGUUUCCCCACAGACAGCAUCAACGCAGAGAAGAAGUUGGAAAUCUACGAGAAGCUAGAAGACGAGUACCAGGCUCUGACUGUUUAUGUCAGCGACAAGGACUUUGACGGUCACUACGCACAUUUCUGCAAGACCAUCUUAUGGCCAGUCUUCCACUAUGUGAUUCCCGACCACCCCAAGAGCAAGGCCUUCCUCGACCACUCAUGGGUGUUCUACGUCGGCGUCAACCAGGCCUUCGCCGACAAGGUCGUCAAGAACUACAAGCGUGGCGACAUCAUCUGGGUGCACGAUUAUCAUCUCUGCUUGGUCCCUCAUAUGGUCCGCCAGAAGCUGCCCGAUGCACAGAUCGGCUUCUUCCUCCACACCGCUUUCCCUUCGUCAGAAGUUUUCCGCUGCUUGGCUGCGCGAAAGGAGCUACUGGAUGGCAUGCUCGGCGCCAACUUGGUUGCAUUCCAGACACCAGAGUACGCACACCACUUCCUUCAGACCUGCAGCCGCAUUCUGUCUGUCGAAGCUACGGAAGAAGGCGUGCAGCUCGACACCCGCUUCGUCAAUGUCUGGUCCUCACCCAUUGGUAUCGACCCUCGCGCACUCGCCCUUGCGCGUGAAGCGCCCGAAGUCUUGGAGUGGAUACAAACCAUGCAGAAGCGUUACGAGGGCAAAAAGGUCAUUGUUGCGCGUGACAAGCUGGACAACAUCCGUGGUGUACGCCAGAAGCUCCUGUCGUACGAGCUGUUCUUGAACAAGAACCCACAGUGGAGAGACAAGGUUGUUCUCAUUCAGGUCGCUACCUCUACAACGGAGGAUCCUGAGCUGGCUGCAACUGUUUCUGAGAUUGUCACACGUAUCGACGCUGUGCACUCAACGCUCACACACAACCCUCUUGUCUUCCUGAGGCAAGACAUUGCAUUCUCACAGUAUCUCGCUCUUCUCUCGAUUGCCGAUGCUCUUGCAAUCACAUCGCUCCGCGAGGGCAUGAAUUUGACUUGCCACGAGUUCGUCAUCUGCCAAGAUGGCCGCGCUAGCGAGAAGAAGCACGCACCUGUCAUCCUCAGCGAGUUCACUGGCAGUGCCUCCAUCUUUGACGGUGCUGAACUGGCUGUCAACCCAUGGGAUUACGGCGGCAUCGCCGAAGCUAUCAAGAACGCCUUGGAGAUGACCGAAGAAGAGAAAGGGAGGCGCUACGCAAAGCUACGUAACCAGGUCAUGCACCACACCGGUGACUACUGGGUCAGCAACCUGAGUGAAUAUCUUGCGAAGGUCCACCAGGAGCAAUACAGCCGCGACACCAUGUCGAUUCCUCGUCUCUCAACCAGCAGGCUCGCGAGCUCAUAUGAGUCAACAUCAAAACGCCUCUUCCUGCUUGACUAUGAGGGCACACUCGCUUCGUACGGUUCGGUCAAGAGCACUGUCCUUACCAACACGGAGCGUGUUAUCGACGUCCUUCGCGAGCUGGUCGCUGACAAGAACAAUGCUGUCUACGUGAUGAGCGGCCGCACUGUCCAGGAAACACAGCUGCUGUUUGAUCGCCUGCCCGGCCUGGGCAUAAUCGCUGAGAACGGCUGCUUCCUUCGCGAGCCCAACUCGGAUGAGUGGAUCCAGUUUCCUAAUGAGGAGAAGACUACCAAGUGGAAGGACUCCGUCAAGCCGAUCCUUCAGUACUAUCUCGAGCGAGUUGAGGGCAGCCGUGUCGAGGAGCGCCACUGCGCACUUCUCUUUCGCUACGACAAGGCCAACGACCCAGACGCAUCCACUCGCCACGCUGGCGACUGUGCCAAUCACAUCAACGAUGCAUGUGAGCAGCAGCGCGUGAAGGCUGUCCCUUCGCGUGACUACGUCAUCAUUGAGCCCAUCGACUUCGACAAAUCGACUGCCGCCCAGCACGUACUCAGCAAGUACGAGGAGUCAGCCAAGCCUGACUUCUUGUUCGUCGCUGGCAACGACCGUGAUGACGAAGUCGUGUUCAAGUGGGCUAAGAAGCUGAAGGAGGAUUCAGCUAUCCUCAAUGUGCAGACCGUCACCGUCGGUGACAGGAAUUCCGUCGCUCUUUCCACCCUGCCCAACGGUACUACUGGCCUCAUUGGUGCCCUGAACAAGCUCGCCAAGCUCCAGUCGUAGAUUGACCAAGAGCGCUGUCUUGCUUCCUGGGACCUCUCCUUUGAAGAGGCGCCACCACAGUGCCCGUUGACGCUCGCGCUUCGGCGUGAUUUGAUUCUGCAGUGACUUCACUUUUACAGUACAAGGCUUAGAAUGACAUAGAGUUUAGCGCAGCACGAAGCGUUACGGGGGAAGAUUCAUGGAACUGGAUCCUAUGGCUUACGAUGUGAUGACGACCGUGGUCGAUUCAGCGUGCAUGAAUGGAGUCGGAGGUUCUCUACAUCUUAUAUCAAUACAAAAGUAUCGAU